AUGAAAAACAUUCAGCCCACUGACGUACAAUUCUCUCAGUGGAUUGGAGUUGAUCCCAACUACAUCGCUGUUACAGUGGUUACUACGACUAAGAAAGGUGGGGAGACAGCAGUGGCCACCAUCACCAAGGGCGUUUCCGCUGCGAAGAAUGGGGCUGGCGGUUUAAGUAUUCUUCUGAGUCCAGCUGUGAAGAGUAAGCUCGAGGCAAUUGCCAAGCAAGUCACUCCCUGCGCCGGAAAGCGUCGAAGACAAAACCGCAAGCGUCAAGGCGGACCCUCUUGCGGCCUCGCGGACUUUGUCCAGCGCGUCGGCGCGGACGCCGAGCUACAAGGCAGCUUUGCAGAACCCCUCACAGAUCAAGUCUGGGACCAGAUUGACGAAGGGUAUGAAAGCGACGACCCGAUGCAGGACGGUGGCUGGGAAGGCGAUGGUGAGGACCAUCCUGCUGGAGAAGAUGAGGGCUACUUCUCUGGUGACGACGAGGGCUUCUUCGAGGGCGCUGAAGAAGGUGAAGUAGAGACCCUCGUUUUCUCUUCGGAAGAGGAGGCCGUUGCGAUUGGAGAGGCGCUGUCCGGCGCCGACGCAGCAGCAAACGCUGCUAUCUGGGGAGGAUCAACUGUCACGGCUGGCUCUUUCUUGGCCUGGAUUUGGGCCCAGGCAUCGGCCGGUAAGGGAAUCUCAAAUGCCCAAGAGAUACCCGCAGAAAGUAUCCACAAAGUUACGAAGACAAAGACCUCCAGCACAACAACGACGACUUCAUCCGCCAGCUGCCCCACUGACGCCCCUCCUUCAUGUGAUGGUUGCCAACCUGCUAGUGUGGAAGUCAAGGAGGCCAAAGCCACAGGCGUGGUAAACUGGCUGUGCUCUGAAGGUGACUCUAAGGGCUGCACUUGCGACCCGAAAGUCGAGGAUGUGAUUCCUAUAUAUGAGGUCAACUAUCAUCAGGCCAUCUUGGGGGCUUUCGACGACCUUUCAAAGAGCCCCGAGCAGCCGACCGAGAAGCCGAGGAUUGAGUGCCCCGGAGGCCUCUCGGAUGUCCCGAGCGAGUUCUUUGUGAGCAAAACAUCCAGUAGCUUCUGUGAAGAGGUCAUGAAGGACCUCACCAAGGAGGUGACCGAUGCCGGGACGGCCUACGACAUCAAUGGCAACAGAAUCGCGAUCCUCAAGCUAGCGAAGGUGGAGGGAGAAGCUGGACAAUCAAAACGUUCUCUCUUCGCAAGAUCACCUCCUGAAAACUCCGACAAUUAUCUGGACUACAAGUUCUACAUGUCAUACAAGCCCGGGAAUCGCGGCUGUGUUGUCCCCAAAGAGGACCUUUGCCGCAACGCAUACACGGAGCUUGUCAAGAGUAACUAUGUUGGCUGCGGCAAGUUCACAUGGAAGGUUGAGAAGCCGGAAAAAGCUCCGCCUGCGCCGACCCUGGGCGAGAGAAUCUGCCACGACAAGCACAGCCAGUACGACGUGUACGACGGCCAGCAAGAUGGAUGGUCUUCAAAUGGAUGCAGAUUGUCUGCAGCUGGUAAGACAAUGAAGGCAGGAGACAAGGAGGUCUACUGGCACCCUGUUGGUCCUGAGGCCGAUUACGACCAGAACUUCAAGAUCUCAUGGAUCGAUGGAUGCGAGACUAGUGUGGCUGAACAGAACCUGGACUCUCCGAUCGAAGAGCUAUAA